UAGAUCUCCGAAUUGUGCGCAGGUCUAGUGUCUUGUACAGACAUGAAGCUGGACUCCAUAUUUAGACUUUCUAGACAGAGAGCUCACACCGUUUACCGAGGUGUUGUCGGGAGCUGUAAAAUUGUUGGUGUGAAGGGGAUCUAGUCUGAGAGAGAGAGAGAGGGAGCGAGAGAAAGAGAGAGAAUCCAUUUUGUGACUGAAAAAUCAAAAUGUCGUCAGAGGAGGGAUGUCGUCUUUUUGUCUAUGGAGUGUCUGAAGGGACCCCAAAUAUUGAAAUUCAGGUUGAAUUUGAGAAGUUUGGUUUGGUUGUUGAUACCUACAAUACUGGGAAGGGUUACGCCUUCGUAACUUUCGAUAACAAGGAGGAUGCAAUUACUGCUACUACAGAAAUGAACGGAGCCACAAUAUUCGGUCAAUCGAUUAAGGUUGAUGUGGCCAAGGGUCGUGCCGGGGGUGGCGGAGGCGGCGGUGGUGGCAGGGGACGUGGCGGAAGAGGGCGAGGCGGAUAUGGGGAUGGAGAAAGGCGUGGCGGUUAUGGAAAUCGCGACGGCGGUUACAGUGGCGGAAGAGGAGGCUAUGGAGAUGGAGAGAGGCGGGGAGGGUACGGGGACGGAGAAAGAAGAGGAAGAGGCGGUAGAGGUGGCGGAGAGAGAGGCCGAGGUGGACCCCGUGGCGGAGGUAGAGGUGGAUACGGGGGUGGAGAGCGUGGAGGCUAUGGCGGAGGAGACCGAGGCUAUAGUGGCGGAGACCGAGGCUAUGGCGGAGUUGAACGUGGAGGUUACGGCGGAGGAGAGCGAGGCUAUGGUGGUCGUGGCGGCGGAGGUAGAGGUUACGGUGGCGGAGAACGUAGCGGAUACCGUGGCGGACAAAAUGAAUAUUAAACCCUUCUUCACCCUUCUUCUCUUCUUUUCCCUUUACGUUAGACGGCUCCUCCAUGAUAUAAACCUAAAUGUAUAUUAUUAACCCCACUGGAUGUGUACAUUUUGUACAAUUGAUUACAUGUAACGGAACUAAGAUGUGACGCAAUUAAGAAAUAACGGAACUAUGUUGUAACGGAAUUAGAAUAUAACGGAACUAUGCUGUAACGGAACUAAGAUAAAAACAUUUAUGUUGUAAAAGAAACUAAAAUUUGUUUGUAAAAUCUCUCGCUCUCUCUCUCUCUCUCUUAAAGACUGGAAUUGACUGGUGGAGUUAAAACAAUUCAUGAAAGAAAUCGCGUCGGGAAUAAUAAUCAACACGCCAUUACAAAACUGUCUCGAAAAAAAAUAUUUUAAACAAUCCCUUGGCCUAAGUCUUUUUGUUAAGUAGUCAAAAGAAUGACGUCACAAUAUCAUCACGUAAACUUCCAUUUUGUAAGGACUGUUUGCGGAUUUACGAAGAAAAAAACCGUCCAGCUUUAAUCCGCGAAAACAUCCUACUUCCACUGUUUCAAACCUAUACCACCUCAUGUAGAGCCAAGUAUUUAAAACUGCAAUUAUAUGAUAAUAAUAAUUAUGAUUUAAUUUAGUUUUUAUCAAACUAUUCUGCUACAAAUGUAAUUUUAGUACAAACCUUUCUUUUCACUCUUUUGUAGUCUUUGAAAUAAAUUCUAUAGGAAACAUG